CAUGCGCAUGAUUUCAGACUUCACAAGAGCAAGUACAAGACACGACAAGGGAGCCAUAACAUGUCUCAUUUCAAGCAUGAGUCAAAGACGCGGCGAUGUGACUCGAUAUCCGAUUUAUAGGCACACGGUAAAGCAAAGAAAUACGAACCGAUAAUCACACUGGAAUAAUGAAAGCGGCGCCACGAUGUCUAGCUGGGCCUUGGAGGUCACUACUGGAAAGGAGACCCAUUCUCAGGUGUGGCCCCCAUCCCUUCGGUGGGUUUCUUGCGGGUGAUUUCGGACGGCAAAAGCCGCGCGUAACGUUUGCCUCGCGGGUUUACACAACCUUCUGCCCUGCCCCCCACUUGCUGUGCUUUCAUCACUGCUAGAGACUGCUAGUCAUGACCACGAGCACUUGGCUUCCCCGCCGGCUCCUCCAUGUGAUUCCUCGUCAAAGGCAAUUUUCAUCAUCCGUCAUAUCAAAUCAGGCAUUCCGCAGUGAGCGUGACACAUUCGGUGAGCUCCAGGUCCCUGCCGAUCGCUAUUGGGGUGCACAAACGCAACGGUCAUUACAAAACUUUGAUAUUGGUGGCCCCUCGCAACGAUUGCCGCAUCCUCUGAUCAAGGCUUUCGGCGUGUUGAAGAAGGCUGCAGCUAUCGUCAAUGUCAGCUAUGGUAUGGACCCGAAGGUUGGCGAAGCCAUUCAGAAAGCUGCUGAUGAUGUCAUUUCUGGGAAGCUCAUGGAUCACUUCCCCUUGGUUGUCUUCCAAACUGGAAGUGGAACUCAGAGUAACAUGAACGUAAACGAGGUAAUAUCGAAUCGUGCGAUAGAACUCCUUGGAGGUGAACUUGGGUCUAAGAAACCAGUCCAUCCGAAUGACCAUGUUAACAUGAGCCAGAGUAGUAAUGACACCUUCCCAACAGCUAUGCAUGUCGCUGCUGUGACUGAAAUUAAUCACUCAUUACUUCCAGCACUGACGCAGCUCAGGGAUGCACUCAACGAAAAAGCUGAGCUUUUCAGCGGGAUUAUCAAAAUCGGACGCACGCACUUGCAGGAUGCCACACCUCUGACGCUUGGCCAAGAAUUCAGUGGAUAUGUCCAGCAAAUCGAUAAUGGCAUUGCUCGUGUCCAAAAUGUCAUUCCUCGGUUGAGCCUUCUUGCUCAGGGCGGCACUGCGGUUGGCACAGGUCUGAAUACCAAGAAGGGGUUCGACGUCAAAAUUGCCGCCGAGAUAUCUACCAUUACGGGCUUGAAGUUCCAGACCGCGCCUAACAAGUUCGAAGCUCUAGCCAGUCACGAUGCCCUGGUUGAGACUCAUGGUGCUCUGAAUGUCAUCGCGUGUUCCCUGAUGAAGAUCGCCAAUGACAUUAGGUUCCUUGGUUCUGGCCCUCGGUGUGGCUUCGGUGAACUGAGCCUCCCUGAAAACGAACCUGGUAGCAGUAUCAUGCCUGGCAAAGUUAAUCCCACGCAGUGCGAGGCUGUAACAAUGGUCGCCGCUCAAGUUAUGGGUAACCAGACUGCUGUUAGCGUUGCUGGAGCCAGCGGACAGUUUGAGCUCAAUGUCUUCAAACCGGUCAUGAUCAUGAACGUGCUACAGAGCAUCCGCCUUCUUUCUGAUGCCUCACGGUCUUUUACCAAUCAUUGUAUAGUUGGCAUUGAGGCCAAUGAAAAGCGUAUCAACCACCUCUUGAACGAGAGUUUGAUGCUUGCAACGAUUUUGAACAGCCACCUUGGCUAUGAUAACGUGGCCCAGUGCGCAAAGAAAGCGCACAAGGAAGGAACGACGCUGAAGGAGGCGACUAUUGCGCUCGGAUACCUGACACCUGAAGAGUUUGAUGAGAAAGUGCGACCAGAAUUGAUGUUAUACCCAGAUGACAUAUAGUCACAAGAUGGCAUUGUUGGAUAUUUGUAACAUGGAGAUCCUGUGCCAGCCUCUUGUGAAACAGUAUGGCACAGUUGGUAACCAACUCGUGUCAAUUUAAUCGAUAAAGAAUGCGUAGGUUA